CGUAGCUGUUUCUACAUGUAGUUCUCAAAUUCAGUUGGUGGCUUGUUGUGAGCAGUUUGAGCCGCCUGCAUGACUAUCAAUUCUGUAGCAAGGUGAUUGCACUAUCCACUGGCCGGACCGUUUCAGUCUGCUUUUCCCGGUCGGCGUUCAUUCCGUGUAAUGUCGCUAAACUAGCUUUCGCUGAGGCUGACCCACAGUUUCAAAGAUUGACGUGGCAGCAGAUAUCUCGAAUCGACAUUCGAGGCACCGGUUGGUUUCCGUCGAGUCAAGGCACAACUGCAAGCAGAAUCCAGGAUGGCCGUCUGGCAUUGCCGAGUUGCAACUUUCAUCUUGCUUAUACAUGCCGUGGCGGCCUCAGCUGCGGUGGUGGCAUCGACAUGUAGUCCCGCGGGAGCUUCCUAUAUAUGCAGUGGAUUUACUGUCCUGCCAAUUUUUGGAGCUCCUCAUUUCACUAACUUCACUUGUACCCGCUGCAAUUUAACUAGUCUACCAGCAGACAUACUAAGGUCACGAGUCUUGACGGCCGUAGUUCUAAGCUCGUCACUGGUGCUAACGAUUGAUCCUGCUGCAUUUCACAGCCUCACAGGUCUUACGGUCCUACGUUUAGACAGUAACAUGAUCUCGAUGAUUCCUAAUGGGACGUUUCGUGGCCUGAAGAAUUUAACAACACUACAUCUAGAAAGGAACCGACUUCGAACAAUUCCAUCCGGGGAAUUUCAGGAACUGCCAAACCUAGUACAACUAUAUAUGAAUCACAAUAAGCCGUUGCAGAUUCAAACUCGUGCAUUUCUAGGCCUGGGAAGAUUAACGCAUCUGCAUUUACAAAAUAGCGGCAUCCCAGAGAUUCUGCCAGGGACGUUUGAGGGUCUGGCAAACCUGCAGGAGCUGAAUUUAGCAAGAAACAGUAUCACGCGGGCUGAAUCUGGUGCAUACCGGGAACUGACAAAGCUACGAAAGCUAGAUUUGGGGAAAAACAAGAUUUCGGUGAUUGUACCCGGCGCAUUUCAAGGACUGGCGCAACUCACUACACUGUACUUAUCUGCUAACGACAUUUCAAAUAUUCUGCCCGGGACCUUUCGAGGGCUAGUGGCAUUACAAGUGGCAUACCUGAAGGAGAAUACGAACUUGGUAGUGGACCACGCGCUGUGUCCGCUUAGACACGCACAUUUAGAUGUACCAGGCCCGAACGAUACGUAUUGCCAAAUGAACUGCAACACGCUCAGUCAGACCGCAGCAUGUGGAAGCACUCAGGCACACUGCAGCGGAACUCUUGAGAAUUACGCAUGUUUGGCCAACGUGGAUCUGUGCGUGAAGAAAUUCGGCUUUAUCAAUGGCAGGAUAGCGUCACACAACCUCUCUGGUACAGUUCAAUGCGACAUCGGAUCUCAGCUAGCCGGUGCUAGCACAGUCGCCUGUGAACUCUGGCCGCUGAACGAGCCGAAGUGGCGCUCGACUCCAGCCUGCACCAAGAUACCCACCUACUGUCCAUCGCUGGUGCUGCCCCGCACAAAGCACACGACGUUCCACACCAGCAGCGGCGCUUAUCGAGCGCUCGGCGUCACCGCCAGCAUAGUCUGCCUUGACGGGCACACGACGGCUCGGAAGGCGGCCGACGGGACGUCGAACUCCUUCGUCUCGACGUGCUCCACUCACAACCGGACACACGGAUACUGGGACAACCUAAGCGAUUGUAAACCGAUUACUUGCCCGGUGAUUAAGGUUGCGAAUGGACAGUUUAGUCGUACCCAUCCUGGCAGUCCCGGCGACUCUGGAACUGUAACUUGCUCAGCUGGCCAUCGCCAUAGCACUGGAACUGCCACGUGCAAGUCAGAUGGCUCCGUGAUCGGCAAGUGGACCCCUACGCCAGCGUGCCUUUCCAUUCAACAUUUUUGCCCACUGUUGCCAGCUACCAAUGGCAUAAUCCGUUACUCUGGAGACCGUCGCUAUGACACUCUUGCCGAGUUGGAAUGCUUCCUUGGCUACGCACCAAUAGGUGGUGCUUCUAAAACGCCAUGUGUGGCAAAAGCGUCUGGAAUUAGUGGAUACUGGCGGGGAGUGCUGAAGUGUAAUGCCAUUCCCUUCUACUGCCAGCAAGUGGGCGUCGCUAACGGACAUAUUUCGUACAGUUCGAACCUCAUGGUCACUGGCACGGCAACCGUAUCCUGUCACCAUGGCUACCGGCCACAGGCGGGCGGCGCGGUUUCGACUUGCAUUGGCCGGGUCCCCGAUCAAGGCAGCUGGAGCCCGAAACCGGCAUGUGAACCUUUCACCAACUACUGCCCGGAGGUGUCAGUUGCCAACGGGUACUUGAACUUCACCAAAAGCCGGGCCAUCGGCGCGAAAGCAAUGCUAACUUGUCGGCAUGGUUACAAGCCCACGGUCGGCAAUGAUGUCUUGACGUGCGGCGGCCAGAGUUCAACUCACGGCGUCUGGGAUAAUUCACCAGCGUGUGAACUGGUGACCGACUACUGUGUCAACACUGUCGCCGUGGAGUACGGCAAGUUGCUGUACCCGACGGUGCGCACGCUCAACUCCAUUGCCACGCUCGAGUGCGACUCUGGCAACGUGCGGAACGGCACUCAACUCUCGUGCGUGCCCUCGAGCAGCGAAUCGGGCGUGUGGAACGGAACUGCCAAAUGCACCAGAGAUGACGAUACAGCCGGAGCUGGGGGCAGUGGUGUGAACGUGUCGCUGGUCAUCGGUCCCGCCGCCGGCAGUCUGCUGCUGCUCGUCGGAAUCGCCGUGCUGGCCGUCUGGAGGUGGCGGCGCGGCGCGUCCAAGAGGCCGCCGCCGGUCGGGGGCAGCAUGCGUCAGCGGCCAGGCAGCAUGCGCGACCUGCCCAGGGACAUGGGACCCCGGUACAGCACCAGCCUGGUCCUGCAGCCGGGCGGCGGGAAGUCGUGCCACGGUGCCUCGACGCUGGUCAGCCCCGGCGAGCCCGGCCUCAACCAGUACUGGCCAGAGAAGCCGGGCGGAGACAGCGACCUGUACGCCGAUCUCAGCCUGUACGAAGACCUCAAGGCGCCGCAGCUGAAGGCCGUGGCCGGACACACACACAGCUCCAUGACGAUGCUCACCGACGACUCCAACUGCGCGUCGAUGUCGCGCUGCAGCAGCAUGCGCCAGUCGCCGGCGAAGCCGAGCCGCUACGCCACCACCUCGCCCAGCCCCAGGCGCUCCCAGUCCGAAGCACCCGCCGACCUCGCACCCGGUGCGCUGCCCAUUGGUGCUGGGCACGUGCCCAACCUUCAGGAGCCAUCUCAAGUGUUGACGGCGCCCACUUUCGAUGGCGACCAUGUGUCGCGCUCCCGGUCGGCCUCGCAGACCUCCCGUACGCAGCUCUGCACCUCGUCCUCGCUCAACACGCUUAUGAACAGCUACGAUCAGGUGGCCAUGCAGCAGAUGCCCGGCGGCUUAGACCUCGGCGACAGCGGCGGGCAGAUGGACGCUCUGCCCAGCCCGGACGCAUGCAGACUCAACAACGAGGACGCCUACAGCUCGUACGGUUCCCUGCGUGAAUCCCUGGCCAUGUCUAUGAUGUCCGUCAACGAGCUGGAGGACGAGCUCAACGAACCCCUGUACAACCAGCACUAUGGCAGCUGUCCGCAGCCGGAUGCUUCGCUCGGCGCCACCAAUCAGCACCCUCGGCCUGGCGCUCUGCUGCCGGGCAACCGUCAAAGCCUGUCGCGGUCGGUUUCCGGUUUCGGCGACGGCGGCGCAGGCAACUCGGACUACCCGCUGAGGGAAACAGGUGCCGGUGGUGGCCUGCAGAGAGCAGCGUCCAGCGCGGGUCGACGCAACCUGCCCAGCAAGCCACCGGCCAACUAUAGUACCGCCGGCUUUGCUGGUGGUCAGCAGCAGCAUCCGCCGGCCCCACCGCCGGGUGGACCAACGCGUCGCGUUGCCUCCAGCAUGAGAAGACCUGGUCCAGAGCGGGGCAGCGGUCAACUCGGCCGUGCAGCCUCGGUCCGGCUGCCACCCUCCUCCGCAGGUGGUGGUGGCUUCCCUGGACCGCAGCACCAGCAACAGCAGCAGCAUCAGCAGGGUGUACGUAUCAAGCCGCCGUCGUCCGUGCGACCGGAGUCCCUGCAGCCGGUUCAUGUUGUUAGCAGUCCUGGCGUACAGUGGGGUGAGGGUGCACACGGCCAACCGGGGGGUCAGGAGUACGACGCCCCUGAUAAUAAUGACACUUACACGUUCAUGGCGUCAAGCUUUGAUAUCUUGCCAGACAGCACCGCCACCACUCCUAUGGUUGGCGAUGGCCCGUACGCCCCGCUGGGCAUGUAGUGCGUAGUUCACCCGGGCACAGUCGCCAGCGUGAGCAUCCCGAUUCUGGGGAACCACACUGUCCGCACAUAGACACUUGCGGCGGUCGGCACGCACCGCACGCUCUGUGCUCUGACUGCAAGGCCUGCGCCACACACGCCGCUUGCCACGUGCACAAACGAGUAUUACAGAACACCCAUCGGCUCGGCGGUCAGAACGAUAACCAGGGCAAGAUGAAAAUGGAGCGUUAGUCCCAAAAUAUCUCCUCCGUUUCUUUUUCUAAGCGCCUAAUCUAUUCCUUUCUUUCUUAUUUCUUUUCUCAUCUCUUCCCAAAACUAACCCAAACAACUACAGUCACAUGUUGCAUAUUUUAGAACUGCCUGCACGAUGUAUUGUUCCCCUCCUUUUAGCUCUUUACCAGUAUCCGUUCUCGCAGGAGUCUUUGAUCAACUACCCACCGUCAGAGUCCAACUAUGCGAGCGCGCGUUGCAUUGCCCCGACGACCUUCAUGCAUUCCGCACUUUUCUCGUGGGAUUUUCUUGAUUUAUCGGUGUAGGGGCAUGCAUGCCUGACACGCGCUAUCAUUCGUGACAUGCUCGCGACGCACACGAUGCAAACACCAUCAGUGGAUGGAAACAAGGAUGCACUGGACGCAUACCUGUGUAUGGGGAGAAUGCUUCGCUCCGAGGCCGCCAUUGGAGGCAUGGUUCAGAGCGGAAGAUAUUCUUUCUCCUCUCUUGCGUCUUCUGCAUGCAUUUUGUCUAUUUUUUGCUUGAACGAUCCUGCUCCUGUCCAUGUCUGCAAUGUCACCUGCAUGCCCUCUGCACCCCCCCCCCCCCCC